AUGGCAACCUUGAGGAACUUGUCAAGAGGGAAGAAGAUCUUGUGGGCAACAGUGGGAAUCGCCUCGGGUGCAACAGGAGGCUUACUCUUUGCUUUGAAUGAAUCAGUGAAAGCUGACCUCGAGCUCCAUCCCCCUUCCUACCCCUGGAACCACAAUGGGAUUCUUCAGUCUUUUGACCAUGCUUCAAUACGAAGAGGAUAUCAAGUAUAUAAGCAGGUCUGUGCAGCCUGUCACAGCAUGAAGUAUAUUGCUUACCGUCACUUGGUGGGUGUAUCCCACACAGAAGCAGAAGCAAAGGCUGAGGCAGAAGAUCAAUUGAUCACUGAUGGUCCAGAUGAUCUGGGGAACAUGUUUCAACGCCCUGGGAAACUGUCUGAUUACUUCCCAAGCCCAUAUCCCAAUGACAAUGCUGCCCGAGCAGCUAACAAUGGAGCACUUCCUCCAGACCUAACAACAAUUGCCUUGGGGAGGCAUGGAGGAAUAGAUUACAUCUUUUCUCUGCUCACUGGAUACUGCGAUGCUCCUGAAGGGGUGAAAAUGGCAGAUGGUCAAUACUAUAACCCCUAUUUCCCUGGAGGUGCUAUAAGCAUGGCUCAGGCUCUUUAUAACGAGAUUCUGGAAUAUGAUGAUGGGACUCCUGCCACUUCCUCUCAGCUAGCCAAGGAUGUCUGCACUUUCCUGAAGUGGGCUGCAGAGCCUGAGCAUGACACAAGGAAGAGGAUGCUCCUGAAGGUUCUAUUCAUUAGCUCCUUUCUCCUUAGCAUCACAUAUUGGUGGAAAAGGCACAAGUUCACUGUGGUCAAGAAUCGCAAGCUGGCAUUCAAACCUGUGCAUUUCCCCAAGACCAAGAAAUGA